AUGUCUUGGACAGGUUGGUUUUGGGUUCAAUAUUCGUACGCUCUCAUCACAAGACUAAGGAAUAAUAAGAUUGACACUCGAGUGUCAGAUCAAUGGGCAAAUCUUCCCGUUCUUUUUUUGAUUCUGGAUAACUUGCAGGAACCCACUGACCAUAUUCGGGUUGCUGCCGUUUGCAAGCAAUGGCGUGUUGCUGCAAAAGAAUACAAUCGCAUAUCGCAGCGUUGGCAGCGUGAGCUUCUUCCUAUGCUCCUGGUUCCAACCGCAACAGGAUCCAAAGGAAAGCCAAAACUGUACAACUUUCCUGGAGGAGAAACCUCCGACAUUGAGUUAUCAGUGCCCUGUAAUAUGAUUAGUAUGUGCCAUGGCCAUGGUUGGUUAGCCACAAUGGAUGUAUUGGAAAAACAUCUGAUAGUCGGUAAAUCGAAAUUUUUUUGGAACCAACAUCUAGAACUGAGCAAACAAGAACUAUGGACUAUAACUCUGGUGAACCCUUUCAGAAAAGCAGCGGCGCCCAUUCGUCUCCCUCGCUUGGGUUUCUGUUACCAUCACUCGUUUGCGAGUCAAGGUUCGGAUGAGCUCCGAAAGUGCGGGCUUGUACCGAAGCACAUCCCGAAGGUUAUCUUAUCUGAGGAUCCCACAUUGAAUCCAGACAGUUACAUGGUUAUAGCAGUUUGCAGACGUGUUUCUACGUUGGCUUUCACCAAAGGAGGAAGAAAAUAUUGGACUCAAUUAUUCACAGCGCGGGGUGUUAUGGAUGCUAUAUUUCAUAAAAGUCUAGUCCUUGCAGUUUUAGAUUUCGGAAACAUUCUUUCCGUUGAUAUCAAUAGCCGGUCAAUGAAAACAAAGUAUUUUAACCAGGAACGGUUCGAACGUAGGGCUGAUGAAGCUUAUCUCGUGGAAUCAACCAAGGGAGACUUGUUGCACGUUCGAAGAUUGCCGAAAGAUGAUCAUGGUGGUAGUGGAAAGAGAUUCAUGGUUUACAAGUUGGUGUUCAAUGAGAGGGGUGGAUCCGUGCAGCAUGUUGAAAUGAAAAGUAUCGGAGAUGAGGUUUUGUUCCUGAGUGAAAAUGGUAGUAUCUCGGUUUUGGCUUCAAACUUUCCUCAGUGCCAACCCAAUUCCAUAUAUUACAUGGAUUUUCGUUUGCGGACUGAAAUAAGCAAUUUCAAUUUAGAGGAUGAAACCAUUACACGAUAUCGUUACUCUUCGGACAUCUCACAAGCGCUUUGGAUUGUGGACAUGUUUAAUGGGCUCUGCUAG